ACAAGCACCGCUACUGUAUUAGCAAGCACCACGCGGAGGGCACGUUGGCGAGCUUAUUAGUCUACUCUACUCCGACCACCUUACUUUACCCCGCUGCCCCGGAUCGUGCCCACCGCCCCAACCUCAUCUCCUCACUCUCCUCACUCUCCUCGACACGCUUGCAUCUUAGCAUACCACUAUAUCGCUUGGCUGGACUGCUCGUCUCGACUACCGCCCCGGUCAAUGCCAAUACCUACCCACUCCUUCCCUCAUCUCAUCCUCUCACGGACAAAUUCACUCAUUACCCACCGCUUUCUUCCUCUCACCCGGACGCUGCUGACACUCGUUACCUACCCCCGAAUCUACUGGCUGGUCGGAUAAAUGGAACACCUCGCGACUCCAAACAAACACGUACCGCGCUUACACCUUCUCUCUUCCCCCUGUCCCUACAUCAUAGAUUCCUGCAUAUACGCAACGCACGUACGCCCCAAGGACCAAGGCGAAGAAAAUCGCUAAUCAGCUCCGCUUCCGCAAACCACCAACCGACUUUCGUCCCGCCUUCUCUCUCUCGCUGCGACUUCUGUGUCUCUUCUGCUUCGCAGUGGCGUAAGCCAUGUAAGAAAGCUGCUCAGUCAAUCACUCGGGACCGGCCUUUUCCUGAUCCAUCCAUGUUCUGUUUCCCCCAUCUCCUUUCAGUAAGCUUCCGAAGGCUGCAUCGAUGCGGACUUUACGGAUAUACUAAUCAACUUCGUAUCCUCACUAAUCUGCUCUCUCAUCACCACCAACCACCACAAACCAGACAUCUUUGCGCAAGAUAA